CAACAAAAAAAUAAUACUUAUGCAUUUAGAAAAGUACAAGGGAUAAGACAUGGCUCGUGAGCGAUGGAGUGGCAGCAAGUCUCCGGGGCGCUCUCGAGCCCGAUCGCGCUCCCGCUCUCGAUCGAAGGAGCGAUCGACCAGCCGCUCCGAUCACCAACGAGGGCGCCGCCGCUCACGCUCACCUCGAAGUCGAAGCUACAGACGAAAGCACGAACGCCGCGCCUCCGUCACUUCGUCGUCCGACUCUUCAUCGUCUCGCAGCAGGAGCAGAUCCUCGGACUCGAGUGCCAGGAGCAGGAAGGAGAGGAAGAAAUCAAAUCACUCGAAAAAGAAGAGGAAACACGGAAGCUCUGGGGACAAAAAACGCAAACGAAAGUCUUCCGAGUCCAAAAAGAGAAAGAAAAAGCAUAAAAAGAGUCACAGUAGACACGAACGCGACGACAGCUCGUCCUCGUCCUCUUCGUCAUCGGACUCGGACACCGUUCGCAGUGCCAUUUCAGGCAAGAAAAUCAAGCGGAAGCUGGAUCGGUCGACCACAGACUUGCAGAACCAAAAGAGUCGCCAACAGUUGCUGCAGUUCUACAACGGCAUGUUUGACUAGUCAGUUUGGAUCUAUCGCAAAGACAAGCAGGACCUAAAGACAGGUUAUCCAGACAAAUGUACUCGUUCAUUGAAACGGCGUUGAGUCCAUAGGUCAGAACUUUGUCCUGAAUGUCCUUGCGGUCGAUGGGGCAUGUUGUCAUUCGCACAGCACAAGAAGCGCAAAGAACUUGGUGUCGACAGGCCAGCAGAACCACCGAUACCGGCU